AUGCACGACACCUUGCCGAGUGCAGCUCAUUCAGCAGAGUGGGACAGACGGGCCCUGGUGCUGUUCCCUAGAGCACCCCUGGUGCAGCAAAGGCGGCAGUGUGCCAGCAUCUGUGCGGGCCCGAGAGCAGCGGCCGCGGCCGGAGCCAGGAACCGGGACGAGCCAGCGCUGCUCCGGCAGCGGUUCCUGCCGAGGUCCAGCGGGAAGGAGACCGCGGGCAGCCGCUCCCGCAGCGCCCUCAGCCCAGGGGAACACGAGCCGGGCACGGCACAAGGAACCCGCCAGAGCCCCCUGCCGGCCCCUCCACCCGCAGCGAGCCCCGAGCCCCCGCAGAACCAAGCGCGGCUCCCACCUGCUCUGGGGCGUCCUCCGAGCUCCGCCGUCGCCUCACUGGGCUCCAGCCGCUGCCUCCGCUCCCGGGCCGCACAGACGCUCCGGAAAUGUCGCCCUUGCUGCGCCAGGAGCGCCCUGGCGGCGGCACCGGGUGUCGGGCCUGUCCUGGAUUUGCCCAAUCAGCCGCGAGAACGAGGAGUACCGGCAGAGUCAGCCAAUCGCAGCGAGGCGCGAGCUUUGAUUACGUCAUGGACUCCCGUUCCUUUUCCUGAGCUCCGCCAUUUCUCGGAAACCUCGCCUGAGAAGCGGUUUCGGCGCUGGGCUCAGCCCAGGCAUCAGGACAAGGAACCGCUGCUGCCCUAAACCACCGGGAGCUCGGGGUGAGCAGGAGCUGAGAGCGGUGGGAGCCGGGGGUGAGUCCGGGAUGGAGCCGGUACCCACCUUGAACCCCGGCAGGAGUCCGAGCCCGGCAAGGGGUGUUUGAGAGAGGCCCCGGAGCUGUGCGGGAAAAUUCUUGCCAACAGAGGUUUGUGUGCACAAAGGAGACAGAGGAGUCCUGUAAAAGUGACUUUAUUAAUGAACAAAGGGAGAGGCUAUGGGCAUUUGUCAUGCUGUCUCUAAAACGCAGCCUCCUUUUUAUCCUCGUUUUCCCGGCUGCAUCUCCCUCUCCCUUUCCCGAAAAAAAAGAAAAGAUACUUGGAAGGUUCAAGUUUCCCGAUCCGCCUACUGCAUGUCCUUCUUAUUAUGCACCUCUCCUUUAGUAUAACAUCCGAUUUUCACGGCUCUGUUAAGUGUUUCUCCUUCUCGAAGUUCAGGAAUUGAGCAGCAUCUUGGGUGAGCAGCAGUCCAUGUCAAUUAAUAAAGUUUUCUGAAAGUG